AUGUCUGUAUAUAUCACCACCGAACCAGCGAACCGGAUCGUAGACGGGAUCACGCCCGAUUGGAUCCACCCGCAUCUAAUCCAAAGCACCGACCCGAUCAAAGGCCGCCAGUUUCGAGUCUCCGGUCCCAUUCCCAAAGGCGCCUGUCUUCUUGUGGAUCGCCCCUACGCAAUAAUACCCGUUGACGAAAACCCCGACAACCUCAUCUGCAGCUAUCCCGCUUGUAAUCGACCGGCUUGCAAUCCAGAGCGGAAUCCAUGCCCGAACGCCUGCCUCCCGGACGUCAUUUGGUGCAGCAGUACGUGCCGGGUGGCUGAUCAAGUACGGCAUGGGUUUGAGUGCACUUGGCUCAAACGGUAUGCUGGGCCAAUUCGCUCCAAAUGGAGUGAAUAUGACUUCGGCAUGCUGUGGGUGAUUGUUCGCCUGCUUGCCAUGCGUCACAGCCAAAUGCAUAAGUUAUCGGCAGCCAGUGGCGGUGCGUCAGUCCAACAAUUAGAACAUGGAUGGGAUGGCAUUGACUCGCUCUGUGGAUCGUCGGAUACCUGGUCCCAUGACAAAGUGCGAUUGUGGUCUACCUUGGUGAAGAAGUAUCUACGGAGCAGCUCUGCCUUUCCCCAUGACAUGGGGAUAGAUCGUGUUCUCCAUCUCAUAUGCCAGGAAGAAGCAAACUCUUUUGGUCUAUAUCCACGUGAGACUGGCCACUUCCCUGUCCCUAAGCCUCCAGUCGAUCGUGGGGAACAGUACGCCGCAGCGGUGUAUCCCACUGCAGCAAUAGCCAACCAUUCGUGUUCGCCAAAUAUCAUUCAUAAAGCCGACGAAAAAGGCCGCAUGGUCUUCACUGCAUCUCGCGAUAUCUUCCCCGGCGAAGAAUGCUGUAUAUCAUACUUCGACUUGACGCAAUACAAUGACCUCAAAUCACGCCGCGAUCAUCUUCGAAAAUCGUUCCUUUUUGUGUGUCAGUGUCAGAGGUGUGUCUCGGAGGAACCCGUCGAAGAAGAGACCGGAUGGGAUGCCCUGCCGAUGAUGGAAUCAUUAUAA